CAGCACAGUAAUGCAAGUGCAGUAUGGCGUAUGUGUUUUGAAACGUUUCUAUCAUAAUUUAUUUAUUUAAAUAAAUGAAUAAACUUUAAAUGUAUCCAUGAAAUAUAGUUGUUUCUGUCACACAAAUUAAUUAAAUGCUGACUCAUCUAUGUAACAUUUUAUUAUUACGCAGUGAAUUACGGAACACACGGCUUUUACUGGCCUGUAAUAGUGCAUUUGUAAGCUGGUCAACAACGUUUCGUAUCGAUACAUUAAAAAAGCAUAUGUCUAAAUGAUGACUCAUAACUGCAACGACCUCCUUGCUAUGGAAAGGCAAACAUAUUUGGUGGGAAUCGGAUCAGGAGAUGAACUUGGGAUACAUUCAUUCUAAAAUUGAAUAUUUGGCCUGAUGGUGGCACUGGUCAUGGGGUUACAAACAGAGUUUAUCCUAGGGGUAAUGAAUCUGCACAGCAAUUAAAAAAAGAUAUUCAUGGAAGAUAUUAGAGUUCAAUUAACAGCCAACGAUUUGCAUUUAGUAUGAGGCUAUUCAGGAAUGUAAUACAUUUCUUUAGGUCUGACAGUUGGUGAGGAAGUGGAAAUGGUAAAUUCUUACCUCUCACGUGUAGCGACUACCACCAAAUACAUGAAAAAAGCAAGACGCACCGACAUGAUAACGCUUCAUGCUCGUGGUUGGAACAUGGGAAAGGUGAAAGUCUUGCACAGAUACCUCGCCAAAAGAUAUGUCAAGUCUAAGCAGAGGGCAGUUGCUGUGGGCAAGGAACUCCAAAACCUUUUGACAACACUGCAGACAACUCAAGUGGAGAUGAAGCAGUGGGUGAAGGAGGUUGAGGAGUGGGCUGCAUCCAGUCCAAAGUCCACAAAUUGCCAGGACCAACAGGGGCUGCAGCGGGUCAUGGAGGGCCUUGUCCUAAAGAUCAAGCAACGUAAAGCUGAGCUGUACAGAGACAUAGACAAUAAUAAAGAUCGCAGGCCAAAACGGGACCUUAUUACGAAGGAGAAACACAAACUGGAGGAGGCAAUUGCUUCGUACAACAGUCUUGUACCUGACACGGCGGCUGUUGAUACAGCAGAUGCCAUUCUCAGUCAGGAAUUCCCCAUUUGGCCAUGGGAUUCUGCAUCCACAAUCCCCCUCGAGACCAAGAAGGUGGUUUUGGACAAAACCAUGCUGCUGUCUCGACUCGAGGAAGAGGAUGGGAUUCUCAUUAAGGAGAUGAGGAACCACUGCCGCUACCUGACUGGAUCCUCAAAAGCGGUCAAAAGAGAGAUCCAUCAGAUUGAGGAGGACCUGUCUAACCACAGUAGGCAUUUAACUGAAACACUGACACGUUUAAGUAUUGGAAUGCAAAGGGAUUCAGUGGUCACAAAUGUAUACAACUCACAUACAGUAUCACAGUUAAUUUUCUCAUGAAUCUAAUAUAGCCCCUUUUCCCAUUUUAGGCUCUCCUCCUCCUAACAUGUCCUUGCAGGCCAAUGA